CAAGUACAAAAAAUGGUACUGCUUGUGUAUAAUCACCCUUAUCACCUGUGGUUAGUUGAUGUUGCCGUGCCGCUGUCACAUCACAUGCUGUCAUUGUCUGUCACCGACGAUCUUGUAUCAUUUACUAUUUGUAUUUAUAAAAUUCACACUACUACUAGAUUAUCGUUUGUGUUUCAGUUCUGACAAAUGUGUUUAUGUUUAUUAGAUACUAAAGUUCGAUUUCACCAUGGUCGUGAAAAGUGAAGAAUCAGAGGGACUCACUAAAAAGUUACGUUUUAAACCUGUGUCCAAUGUUCAACAAUAUACUAGUGAUAAUAACUUUGAAGCUAAAGGCGCGAAAGAAGUAAAGAGCAAAGAUGGACGCAAAUCAGCCUCUUUAUUUGCUUUUCUUCACGUUGAGUUGACGAGGGGCUAUAUGCUGGAGCAUGACGAAGAGCGGUUUUCGGCGCGCCGCGAAAAAGUCUACUCGUUUAUCAAAAUCCCACAGGAACUAGAGAAGUUCAUGGCUUAUGGUUUCUUCCAAUGUGCAGAUUCCCUUCUGUUUGUCUACACUUUUCUUCCAUUAAGAUUUAUUAUGGCUUUUUGGUCAUUCUUUAGCAGACUGUUUAGAAAAUGUCUUGGAAUCCAUUCUCAUCCAUGGAAGAGCAUCUUAAAGCCUGCUGAGACAUGUGAUGUACUAAAAGGCUUCAUCCUGCUGAUCUGUAGUAUUUUAAUGUGUUAUAUUGAUACAAAUAUGAUGUAUCAUUUAGUAAAAAGUCAAAGUGUGAUGAAGUUGUAUAUAUUUUUUAAUAUGCUGGAGGUUGGAGACCGGUUGUUUUCAGCAUUUGGACAAGAUACUAUAGAUGCUUUGUUCUGGACAGCCACGGAGCCUAGAGACAGGAGAAGGGAGCAUUUGGGGGUCAUUCCUCAUUUAUUAUUUGCCAUGAUUUAUGUGUUCCUCCACAGCUUAUUAGUGUUGUUUCAAGCGACAACACUAAAUGUAGCAUUCAACUCUAACAAUAAAAGCCUCCUCAUUAUUAUGAUGACUAAUAAUUUCGUCGAGCUAAAAGGCAGCGUGUUCAAGAAAUUCGACAAGAACAACCUGUUCCAAGUAUCAUGCAGCGAUGUGAGAGAGCGGCUGCACCUGUCCGUAUUGCUGUUCAUCGUGGUGCUGCAGACCAUGAAGGAGUACACGUGGCGGGAGGAGCGCUUCUGGAUACUCGCGCCGGACUGUGUGCUCGUACUGACCUUUGAGGUCAUAAUUGACUGGGUCAAGCAUGCCUUUAUUACUAGGUUUAACGAAAUCCCAUUUGGCGUGUACCGCGAGUACACGGUCAGUUUGGCGUACGACGUAGCGCAGACGCGACAGAAAUACGCCUUCAGCGACCACUCGGACCUGGUGGCGCGGAGGAUGGGCUUUAUCCCGCUGCCCCUCGGCGUCGUCAUUACGAGAGUGCUGGUUCACGCUGUUAAAGUUGACGGGUUUGCGGCGGUGUUGUUGAUAUUAAUAGCGUAUUUGUCCUUGAUCUCAAUAAGGGUGCUUGUGUCCAUCGUCAUUUUGGGGAAAGCGUGUGAUUUGAUCUCGCAGCAUCAGACAGACAAAAACGACAGCCAUCAUACGACGCCUAAAAAGGAACCAAAAGACUUCAUUCCGAAAGAAACUCCCUGCACGUACAAUUUUAAAACAUCAGAGAAAGAAGUGCCACCCGCGAAGAAAACUGUUCAGUUGAAGUUCGAGGAACCUGAGGAAGUUAUUAAGACGGAGGCGCUAGUGGACGUGUCAGUGGGCGCAGCGGCCAUCUUCUCAAACAGCGCCAUCGACAUCAACGGCGUGUGCUACCUCAACGACAAGAUGAGUCCGCAGCCCAAGCAGGAAUCCGGGGACUUGCUCGACCCCGACUUGGGCGACAUGAGCCGCUCGGCGCCGGACGUGGCGGCGGCGCCGGCCGCGCUCGCGCGCGCGCCCGACGCCGAGCGCGCGCCGCGCCGCUCCGAGUCCGAGCCCAACCUCGCCACCGUCGACGACGACGAGCCCGCAUAACGGUAUCAACUUCCUUUGUCGCCGGAUUACGGAAUACUUUGCUAAAUCGGCUGUGGAAUUUUCUUCAAUUGCCCCAAUCUGUUCGACUGAUCUGUAAUUUCAGUAUAAAACCGAAAUGUACAGAAAUUACAGAUCGUUUUAUCCAAUUGGGUCGAGUUGUCGUUUUAGUAGCCGGGAUAGAAAAACGGGGACACGGAAAACAAAACAUUGGAAGAGACAUUAGAUUAGAAUGCCAUUGUCUGUGUCAGGUCCGGGCGCUCCGAGGCCGAGCCCAUCUUUGCCAUCGUCGACUUCAUAGUUCACUGCUGGUUACCUUGUUCAGUCCGUCAAUUAUGGUUAAUCCAACUGCACUGAGUCUUCUUUGAAACCGGCCGUUGCGCCACGAACUUGCCGUGUUACAGAAAAGUAUGCAUUAGCAUAAGUUUUGAAGGAAACGUGGUAUGAAAUUGAUGCCAUAAUUCCAGCAGUGCAUUCAGCAAAGUAUUUCGACCAUAUAUGGCUGGCCUAAGGCUUUAGUGAAUCUCUAGACUAAGGCGGUUUCUACGGAAUCUUCAUCUACAAGACAUCGUCUACGUGACAUUAUGCGGCACAGGUACAGUCGACGUCAAAUAUAUGUUUACAUUUUUCACCUUAUUACAUAGGACCUUACGUGCAAAAAUGUAAACAUGUCUUUGACGUCGGCUAUAUCUACCCUCAAUACCUACCUGUUUUUGAGGUAGUAUUCAGAAUGACUACAUUUUACUGCAUUAUCGUGUAUCGUCGAGCUAAAGUCUACACGCCGAGUCUAAAGAGAUUUAUUAAAACUACCAUAAUAAUUUAUUUAUUUUUAAUCCGAUCGGUCUAGUCUAUUAAAUGUGCUCUAUGCGUGAUACGGUUUUUAUGAAGUUAUUAAUUAUUAUUCUUAGCAAAAUUCAGAGGAAUCAUUUAUUACAAUAAAUUCUAUUAUCGCAGAUUUCAUUUUACGUAAGCAUACAUAUUUAAGGAUUUACAUUCUGUGUAGGGUUCUACGUACAUAUAAAAUAAAUUGUAUUUUUCCUCACCUUAACAUUUUCUACUUCUUUGGUCCAUUUUUGACGGAAUGAUUUUUUAUAUAUUAAUAUUUUGCGGGAUUAAUUGAUGUAAGUAUUAGUAAAAUAGAUAAGAAAACUAAUAUAUUUUGACGUCUAUAGUUCAGAGGAUGGAAAUAAAUUACCAUCAUAUACCUACAGUUAGAAAUACUGAGAAACAUGACAAACUAUAUAUUUUUUUUAAUAAUCAAUCAAUGUGCAAAAUGAACAGGUACUACCUAGAAAUGUUUACCAGCACUUUUUGAUAAUAAAAUAAGUACAUUGCUGUCAUAAUCAAUUCCGUAAACCUUGUUUUUUUUCUCAGAUAGUGAAAUGAUAUCUCGAUUGCCACAGUCUGUCUCUUUUUGUCGUUGUACUCUUUGCAGAGCGUCGUGGUCAACUGCUGACAUCAGGCGCAGAUGUUGCUUACCGUACGAUUUCUCGCCAAAACUAAAAUGUUUGUCCUGAAAUGACAGAAUGCUCGGUCCGAUUGGGGCAAUCCAGUUGUCAUUUUAGCAUCUGGAAUAUAUAAAAAAAAUUAAUAAAAAUAAAUGUACCUAUCAAACUCGUGCAUCAGUAGUUGCGUAAAUGAGUGCCUGUAAGAUUACAGUAUGGACUCAAAGAGUUGCAUAUAUUAUUAUGUAAGUAUGUGACUUAUAUGAGGUAUAUAGCAUAAACUACUUGCGGUAGUAGGUAUUUAAUUUAGCUUAAAAUUUAAGACUGAUGUCACUUGGGUGCUUAGAAAAAAGUAGUUUCCUAAUUCCUAAUGAUUGUUUGUUUGGUUUGUUCCUAAUGAUGGUUUGCCUUUAUGGUCACUGAGUAAUUGUAUCAUUCACAUAUUUCAACACGCAUUCAUUUGUGAUAUUUUUAAGCUGAAUAAAAUAUGACAGCCUUCAAGGAAAACUUAUUCUGUAAAUAAGACAUAAUUUUACGAUUUAUUUAUUCCAAUUUUGUUCAUUAGUCUUCAUCAGUGUACCACUGUAUCUUUAGGGGCAAUGCAGUGAAGGAUGUCUACUAAAGUGUUUAAACCUAGGUGUAUGAAGAAUAGGGAUAGUUAUAUAGUAUGAUUUUGUUGAAGUGGAGUUUUUCUAUGAAAUAAAUUAUUAUUUAUUUAUUAA